AUGCUGGAUCGAUGGUUCGUUUAUCGACACGAGCGCACAUCGAGCUCGUCAUCGGACUCAGGAAUCGGCUUGCAGAGUCCACCAGGUGCCGCUUUUCUGCAUCAUCAAUCAGCGAACAGCACCAUCUCUCCGCAUGUCGCCAUCUCGCCGCCUGGUCUCUCACCGUUACAGAUCUACGACUCAGCCUUUUCAACUCCAACGCCGAGUCACACAAAUCGCUCGGCGAGCCGCUUCACUUUUGAUCAUUUGCUCAAUAAACGACCUUUGUUGGAGCAACGAAAGUCGGCGCCAACUUGCGACACAACGAGCGCUUUCGAUUUGCCUGGCAAUUGCAAGCGGGAUCCGAAUCGAUUGAGUGAGGUGUUGAGCAAAGUGCGUGGCGAGUCUCCUGUCCCUCCAUCGCCACUCACCGUCUCCCAGAUCUCAAGCCCAUCGAUCACUUUGGGCACUCAUCCACCACUUGAAAGAAAAACCUCAGUGAUUCAAAGCACAAGAGAGACAUUAGUGCAACCACCACAUUUGAUCGUCGGUCGAAGCGAGUCACUGCCGGUGUCUCCCCGUUUAAGCAAUCUAAAUGUGACUCCAGAAAGUUUUCUGGCUGCUCAGCAAGCUGUUCAGCAAGCCCAGCAAGCCCAGCAAGCCCAGCAAGCACAAGCCGCUCAAGUUGUUGCUGCCGCUGGACAAGCGUCGUCUCUCUGGGGCUCUCUGUACGCAGCUGCUCCUCGUCGUUCUCUUCUUUCGCCAUCACUUUCUUCUCCACUCACCACUACCUCACCAAAUACGGCUUUUCUACAGGUUUCCCCAUCAAUUCCCUCAAUUCCAUCCGUUUCCGAGGCUUCAAAAAGCCCGCUUUCUUUCAACAGCGAUCAACAGAAAUCGCCAUCGCUUUCAUCAUUGAAUGGAAUCGAUGACGAUGACCCAAACAAACAAUACUGGUGCAACUUUUGCAAGAAAGACUUCAGAAGGCCUGAUAUUCUCUCAAGACAUCUCCGAAGGCACACUGGCGAGAAACCGUUCGGUUGUGACUCGUGUGGGCGCUGGUUUUCGAGGUCCGAUCACUUGCGCACACAUCGCCGAACUCACACCGACGAGAAGCCCUACCAGUGCACGAUUUGCCCAUAUGCGGCGCGUCGGCGCGACGUUCUCACGCGGCACAUGUCCACUCGGCAUCAAGCUAAAGCCGGAAAAAGUAUUUUCCAGAAACAACGGGAUGCCAGGAGAGCUGAAAAGGAGGCCGAGCGAGAGCGCCGUGAAAAGGAAACACUUUCUGAUGGAGACGCUGCAGGACCGUCUGCCUCAAGAGCUCGCUUUAGAACGGAACGAGCUAGAGACAGGGCUGAGACGGGUGAAGAGUUGGGAGAGAUGCCAGAAUUGGAUGAGAUUGAGGACGAUGUGAUUAUCGAUAUGCAAGACGAUGAUGAUGAGUUUGACGAUUUCUCCGAUGACUUAGAAGAAGAGGACGAGUUCGACGAAGAAAUGAGCGAAUUCGUUGAAAAAGAGAUCAAGAAAGGGAUUGUCAUUGUCGAUUCGGAGGAGAAGAGGAAAAAGUUUCGC